AUGAUAAUUCUGCUCGUCCUGCCGGUGCGGCACCUUAUUUUUGAGAAGCAAAGCGAGCGAUGUAGCCCACAGUUAAAAGAUCUUCAGAGCCGUACUUGGAAAAAGAGCAAACUAAAGCAAGCCAAGGCGGCAGGAGCGCCGGGGCUGCAGCCCAUCUCGCAGCCCUGUUUACCGACAAGCGACAACGGGGUGAACGAACAUCGGUUCUGGCGGUCUCUGGAUGUGGAGCGCAUGGAGUUAUUGGAAGAAGCCAGGAAGAUGGAAAUGGCAAAGUUUCGCUACAUCCUUCCUGUUUAUGGCAUCUGUAAAGAGCCUGUUGGCUUGGUCAUGGAAUACAUGGAAACGGGGUCUCUGGAAAAGCUCCUGGCUUCUGAACCUCUGCCCUGGGAAUUGCGCUUCCGAAUCAUCCACGAGACAGCUGUGGGGAUGAACUUCCUGCACUGCAUGUCCCCUCCACUGCUCCACCUGGACCUCAAGCCUGCCAACAUCCUGCUUGAUGCCCACUACCACGUCAAGAUUUCUGACUUUGGACUUGCAAAGUGUAAUGGCUUGUCCCAUUCCCAUGACAUCAGCAUGGACGGCUUGUGUGGCACAAUUGCGUACCUUCCUCCAGAGCGCAUCAAAGAGAAAAACAGGUGUUUUGACACCAAACACGAUGUGUACAGCUUUUCCAUCGUGGUUUGGGGAGUUCUUACACAGAAGAAGCCUUUUGCAGAGGAAAACAACAUUUUACAUAUUAUGGUAAAAGUAGUUAAAGGCCACCGCCCAGAGCUACCUGCUGUUUCCAAAUCCAGACCUCAGUCAUGUAAUAACUUGAUCAAAUUGAUGCAAAAAUGUUGGCAAGAUGAUCCUGGUGAACGGCCAACAUUUCAAGAAAUCACUUCAGAAACAGAGGUCCUUUGUGAAAAACCAGAAGAUGAAACAAAAGAGAUCAUAACUCAGGACCUGGACACCAAGAAUUCCCCAGAGCAGCAGCCCCAGAGGAUGUCUGCAUUAUCCCAACCAAAACAGGAGCCUGCUCUACCAUCAGUUAAGGAUUACAGUCUGUCGGAGUUGUUGUCCCAGCUGGACUCGGGGAUUUCACAGACUAUGGAAGGCCAUGAGGAUCUCAGCCGCAGUUCUUCUGAGUCCAAACUUGCCUCUAGUGACAAGCGGCUCUCAGGAGUUUCAUCUGUAGAUUCAGCUUUUUCAUCCAGAGGCUCCCUUUCCCUUUCCUUUGAAAGGGAGAGUUCAGAUAUUGGUACUACAGACAUACAGAAGAGGAAGCUAACGGAGGCCAUUUUAUCAGGAGAUACCAGCAAGCUGAUGAAGAUCCUCCAGCCUCAAGAUGUUGAUAUUGUUUUAGAUGGGAACUCCAGUCUUUUGCACUUGGCUGUUGAAGCUGGUCAAGAAGAAUGUGUCAAAUGGCUCCUCCUGUACAAUGCUAACCCUAACCUCACCAACAAGAAAGGGUCCACCCCUCUUCACAUAGCCAUUGAGAAGAAAGUUAAAAGCAUUGUGGAGCUGAUUAUGGCUAGGAAAAUCAAUGUUAAUGCCAAAGAUGAGGAUCAGUGGACUGCUCUUCACUUUGCUGCCCAAAACGGGGAUGAUUUCAGCACCAAAAUGCUGCUUGAUAAGAAUGCAUCCUUAAACGAGGUAGAUUUUGAAGGCAGAGCCCCCAUCCACAUAGCCUGUCAGUAUGGUCAAGAGAAUAUCGUGCGUAUCCUGCUGAGAAGAGGUGUUAAUGUGAACGUCAAAGGAAAGGAUGACUGGGUACCACUGCACUAUGCUGCCUGGCAAGGUCAUCUCCCCAUUGUAAAGCUUCUAGCCAAACAGCGGGGUGCAAAUGUGAAUGUGCAGACCGUGGAUGGAAGGACCUCGCUACACUUGGCUGCUCAACGAGGACACUACCGUGUCGCUCGCCUUCUCAUAGACCUGGAGACAGAUGUCAACAUACGCAACGCACUCUUACAGACUGCUCUCCACAUAGCUGCUGAAACUGGCCACACAAGCACAUCGAGGCUGCUUCUGAAACAUGGUGCAGACAUCGAGGCAGCAACAGCAGAAGGAUACACUGCUCUGCACUUGGCAUCUCGCUGUGGCCAUUUAGCAACAACCAAGUUGCUGAUAGAUGAAAGGGCCAGUGUUCUAGCCCCAGGCCCUUUAAGUAGGACAGCGUUACAUCUUGCUGCAGAAAACGGGCACUCUGAAGUAGUAGAAGAACUUGUCAGUUCAGAAAAUAUCAAUGUUUCUGACAGUGAAGGGUUGACAGCUCUUCAUCUGGCUGCACGAGGAGGGCACACCAAAACAGUUGAGGUUCUUCUGAAGCACGGGGCAUGCACUGACAUGCAAAGACCCACGUGUCAGUCCCUGCUACGGGUUGCUCAGCAGAGCAGUAAUAGCUCUGUUACGGUGUUGAUAAGUGAGACUUAA